AUGGAAGCUUAUCCAAGUGUAGAUAUCUCAGAAAACAACAUGAAUGAUAAUUUGGUUUAGAUGUCGAAUCAAGAAAACUUAAAUGUUAUUUAUAACAAUCAUAUCGGUAAAAAAGAAUGA